CACAUGAAAUUGAAUUUGCACCGUACAUUAAUAUUGCCACCGACUUGUCUAUUAUUGUAUCUACAUAUAAAUGACACCUCAACGACGAGUUCAAGAUGCUGCCCGGGUUGUCAUGGACUAUCAGCAUAUGCGGUUGAGAGCAGGCUCACAAACCACACGAGACAGUCCUCGAAAAACCUCCAGGACAUCGCAAGAUAUUCCUCGAAAACUACGCCCAACGUUCCUCCAAAACCUCCCCAACAUUCCUCUCAGACCUCGCCCCAACAUUCCUCUCAAACCUCCCACGACAGAACAUGCCAAAACGUUCCUCCAAAACCUCGUUACAUAUUCCUCCCGUGGACUCGUGGGGUGCGGAGUAAGCGUUACAGAGGACAGAUGUAUUCUUCGGUUCACAGAAGAGGAGGGCCACGUACCUCGAGAGGAAUGUGGCUGGAUGUUUGAGGAAAUGGGCGGGAGGUUCUUUCAGGAGGGACGUCUUGGAGAUAGGUUGGUGCAGACCCAGCCUGAAAGACCGUGGGAAGGUCUACCAAUUUGGGGUGGUGGUGGUUUGCUUUCAUCGAUUGCUUCAGAUCAAUCAUCUCAAUACCUCGACACGCUCGGCCAUGUCAGAUUCAUCAGGAUUACAGGAUCUUCGUGUGGUAAAACUGCCACUCACACCGGAACAACGUGAUGAGCUCAAUCAAGCUGUGCUCGAAAAUUAUGGCCGUCACAUCAUCGAUAAUAUUGCCCAGUCGGAUCCGGCUCGCUGGGACAAAGACAAAGCGAUGAGGUAUUCCGCUUCCAAUAUCAUCGAAUUCGUUAUCGAUGAGGUUCGGGACUUGCUAGCGCUCCAGCGUGGGGGGCUGAGGCACAAAUUUGUCAUGAAAAAAAUGACAUAUAAGGAUAUAUCGCAAACACUACAGCAACACCCUAAACUGCGGGAAAUGAUGCGCGAUGCCUGCCAAUCGGGCGCGUUCUCCCACAUCGCCGACCUCGAAAUAUUUCAGAUACCCCAAGC